AUGAAAAAUAUAAACAAAGAAUGUAGGUUUAAGAAUGAUAUAAAAAAUAAAAAUAAUUGCAAUUAUAUUGAAAAAGAAAAAAAAAAUCAAGAUACAUUUACAAACAAUUUAUGUGAAAUAUUAUCAUCAGAUGAUAACAAUGAAAAACUUGAUGAAAAUAAUAAUAAUUUUAUAAUCGUUGAAUUAAUUUCAUAUAUUUGCGGUAAUUCCAAAAUUAUCUCAUUUUAUCCCAGUACAAAUAAAAAUAAUUCAGGUCAAAAUAAAUAUCUCUAUCAUUUUUAUAAAAAGAAAAAAACAAAAUUAUAUUUAUGUUUAAAUAAAAAAAAUAAUGAAAUAUAUAUAUAUGAAGUACAAUGUAAAUAUACAAAAAAAAAAGAUGAUAUAGAUGAGCAUUUAAAGAGGAAUGUAAAUAAUGAUAAAAUAAAUAAUUUUAUAGAAACAAAUAAAAAAUAUCUAGUAAAAAUUGAAAAUAGUAAUAAUAACUCAGUUAAUAAUGAAGAUAAUAAUUUUAUUAAUAAAUUUUCACCUUCUUACAAAGAUAUUCCUAUAAAUAAUAAAUUAAAAGAACAAGAAGUGAAAAUUGAAAAUUCUUCAAAUAUAUCAAAAAAAAUUUUUGUAACAAAAUUAUUUGAUAGUAUAAAUUGCAGUUAUGAUUUAUCAACUGUUGAAUAUACGAAACUGAGUAACCCAGAUGAUAAAACUCUAAAUUGUUUGAAAACUAUUUUAGAACAAAAAAUAAAUAAAAAUCAAGAAAAGGGAAGAAAAGAUAAAAAAGAUAAAUAUCACAUAGAUUAUAUAAAUAAAGAUAAUUUUAAUCAAAGUAAUGAUUUAAAUUCACAACAAUCUUUUAAUGAAGAAAAUUAUUUUUAUUCAAAAAUUAGUAUGAAGGAAAAUACUUUAUCCAACUUACAAGAUGAUAUUAUGAUCAAAAAUAAUAAUAUUAAAAAUGAAGAAAAUAAAAAAAUUAGUUCUAAAUAUGAUGAUGAAAUAAAAAUUCUAUUUCUUCAUUUUCAUGAACCUGCAAAUAUUUUCAUGAAUCAAUUUGCCCAUAUAGAUCAAAGUAAAGAUGAAAACUUUUUGAAACAAAUAAAAGGAUUUUUGAAUGAUGAAAAAUAUGAAAUUAUAGAAAAAGAAUGCUCAAAAGAAAAAAAAAAAAAUAAAUAUGGAUCAAUCAUACGUAAAAUAAAAAAUGAUGAUUUACCACGUUGUUUUUUAGAAAAUUAUGAAAGUGAUAUUAGUAUAUGUAGUAAUGAUCUUUUCUUUAGUGAUUCGGAAGUUAUAACAAGAGAUUGUGAAUCAGAUAUAAAAGGAAAUAAAAAAAAAAGUUUUAAUAUAUUUACAAGAAAUAACUUAAAAGUAAAAUGGAUUUUAUUAAACUUAAAUUUAAAAAAAGAAGAAGAAAUUAUGAUACAAAAAUAUGUCAUAUGUAAAAAGUCAAAUAUUGAAAAAUUAAAAAACUCCAAUUUGAAUUGCAAUAAUAUCGACAAUGUUUUUCUAAAAAAUAGAAAAAAAAAUAUAAGAAAGGAAGAAAAUGAGAAAAAUGUUAUAAAGAAUAAUGAAAUUUUAAAAGAUAAAAAAAAUCAAAAUAAUACUAAUAAAUCAAUUAUUGAUGAUAAUAAAAGUGACUGUGUUUUAAAAUAUUUAAAUAAAAUACAUAAAUACUACCACAACGAAAGUAAACUAAAAAAUAAAAAAGAAAUUGAUGAUCAUCAUUUAAUUUUUAACUUUCAGUUAGAUGAAGAAAUAGUAGAUAGAACAAAAAAAAAAUAUGAAAAAAAAGAACAAGAAAUUGAAGAAAAGAAAACUAUUAAAGAAGAAAGGGGAAAAAGUAGAAAAGGUGAAUAUAGUUUAGAAAAUGAAGAGAAAUAUUAUGAACUAGAAAAAAUAAAAAAAAAUUAUGAGUCUGAAAAUGAAAAAAAAAGUUAUGAAUAUGAAAAAAUAAAGAAAAAUUAUAUUUUUAAAAAUGAAAAAGAAAAUUUAUAUAAGGAUAAUAUAGAUAUAAAUAACGAAACAGUUGAUGACAAAGGCAUACUUAAAGAUGAAAUAGAAAUAUAUAAUGAAAAAGAACAAAACAUUCAUGUAUUAACAGAUUGUAACAUAUCAACAGAAAAAUUAGUGAAUAAAUAUUCUAAAAUUGACAUUCAUGAAAAUGAUAAUUUAGAGAUAAAUAAUACAAAAAAAAGAAAAAUUAAUAAGGUUGAAAAUUAUUUUGAUAUUCAAAUUAAUGAUAAAAAAAUUAUGGUUGAAAAAAAAAAAAAUGAUGAAUGUGAUAUUAUUGAUAUUAAAAAUAAAAUUAGCAAAAGAGAAAUAAUAUAUAGUGAAGAAAAUAAUACUAAUAACAAAAAUAUAAAAGAUAACAAUCAAAUAAAUGUUUUAGAGAAUUUUGUUUAUGAUUCUGUAAUAAAAAAUGACUGUGAAAAUUUUUUUUAUGUGAAUGAUGAAGUAGAAAUAAAGAAUAAGUGCAUAAAUCAGAAUUACAUAAAGGCAAGUUAUGAAGAAUGGGGAAAUUAUUACUUUAAAGAUAAUCCGAAUAAUGAUAAUAGUUUUAAAAUAUGUAAUAAUAAUAAUAAUAAAAUAAAUGAUAAUAAUAAUGAUAUUAUAAAUAAUUACAGCUAUAAUAAUAGUAAUAAUAGCAAUAAUAAUAAUAUUGAUAAUGGUAAUAAUAUUAUCAAUAAUGAUAAUGAUGAUAAUAAUAAUAUCAAUAAUGAUAAUGAUGAUAAUAAUAAUAUCAAUAAUGAUAUUGAUGAUAAUAAUAAUAAUAAUAAUAAUAAUAAUAAUAAUUAUAUUAAUAACAUUAAUAAUGAUAUUAAUAACAUUAAUAAUGAUAAUAAUAACAAUAAUGAUAUUGAUAGGAGUAGUAGUAGUAAUAAUAAUAAUAAUAUUGAUAGGAGUAGUAGUAGUAAUAAUAAUAAUAAUAUUGAUAGUAGUAGUAGUAGUAAUAAUAAUAAUAAUAUUGAUAGUAGUAGUAGUAAUAAUAACAUUAAUAAUAAUAUAGAUAGUAGUAGUAGUAAUAAUAACAUUAAUAAUAAUAUAGAUAGUAGUAGUAGUAAUAAUAAUAAUAAUAGUAAUUACAAAGAUAUUAAUAAUGAUAAUAAUAAUGAUAAUAAUAAUGAUAAUAAUAAUGAUAAUGAUAAUAAUAAUAAGACUAUUGAUGAAUAUAUUAAUAAGGAUAACAAACAAAAUGAUAUAAAUGAUAACAACAAUAAUAUUAAUAUUGAAGAUAAUAGUAAUAGUAAUAAAAAUGAAAUAUGUAAAAUGAGUUUAAUUCAAAAAAAUAAUACAAUGGAAUUAAGAAAUAAUAACAAUGAAAGUAAAAAAAUGAAUGAAUCUAACGAAUUUUUAAGUUGUUUUUUUUUAAAAUAUAAAGUAAAUACAUUUUAUGAUAUUAUAAAAAUAAUUUAUUGUAAUUAUAGACAUUUUAGGUACACAGAUAAAUUAAAAUUUUAUAUUACAACUUUUUUGAAUUUUUCUAAAAUUGAAAAAGCAAAAUUACAAUUUAUGCAAAAAGAGAAAAUAAUAGAUACAGAGAUAUUGAAAUAUUAUAUAAAUAAAAAAACAUUAGAAAAAAAAAAUGUAUGGAAAUUAAAUAAUUAUAAAAUAGACAACUUUAAUAUAUUUCGUUUAAAUAAAUCUAAAUAUAUUGAUGAUUCUAUUAUUGAUUUUUUUAAUAAUUAUAUUUAUUCAUUUAUUCUAAAAUUUGAUAAGGAUAAAAAUGAUAUAUAUAUAUUUAAUACUUUUUUUUACAAAAAAAUAGAAUUGUAUGAUGAUAUUUUUAAAGCAUAUAUAAACACAAAUAGAUGGAUUAAAAAAUUGAAAAAAAAAAUAUACGAAUAUAGAUACGUAUUUAUUCCAAUUAAUAUAAAAAACACUCAUUGGUCAUUAGUUUUGCUUUAUUUUCCAUUUAAUAAUGCUCAAGAUAAUAUUGAUAUAAAAAUAGAAAAUAAUAUAGAAAAUUAUAAAUACAAUAAAAGUGUUAACGAAAUUAACGAACAAAAUAAUUAUUAUAUGAAAGAUAUUUGUAAAAAAAAUGAACAAUCAGAAAACAAUAUGAACAUUUUUGUAAGAGAUAAUUCUAAUUAUAAAGGAAAAAUUGAUAAUUCAUAUAAUAAAUUUAGAAACAGAUCAUCGGAGUCAUUUUUUUUAAAAAAAAGUCCUUUAAAAAAAAACGAAUACAGCAUAUUAAAAAACUAUAUAAGUUUAUUAAAUGAAAAUAAGAAAUAUUAUUAUAAUAAAUUUCAAAAAAGUCUAAGUGAUAUAGGUGAAUCAAGUAUAUUAUCCUCUGAAAAUAAAUUUUUAAAAAAAAACCACAUAAAUCAAUUUAAUCAUAAAGAAUUUAUAAAUGAAACCAAAAAAUUAAAAAUCGAAAAAAAAAAUAAAAAUAUUAAAAUAGCAUACAUGAUAUAUCUAGAUUCUUUAUUACCUUCCGUAAAAGGAAAUAAAAUUUUACAAAAAUUAAAAAAAUAUGUAGAGCAUUUAUUUAUAUUAGAUCAAAUGUCAAUAAAUAAAAAAGAAAUGAAAAACAAAAAAAAUGAUAUUCAAAAAAUAUUUUUUAAAUUUAUUUAUCCAAAUAUUAUUCCCAAGCAGAAUAACAGUUAUGAUUGUGGUAUUUAUAUUAUUCAAUUUAUUUUGCAUCUAUGUUUGAAUAAACAUUUAGUUGAAAAUGAUUUAAUUAAACCAUUUAAACAACAAAUAAGAAAUAAAUUUAUAAAUCAGAAAUUUCAUUUUAACUUUUCAAAUGAAAGUUUUGAUAACUAUGUUUAUUCAAAAUCAAAUAUUAACAAAACCAUUCCUUGGUUUGGACAAAAAGAUAUAAGCAUAAAAAGAAAGCUAAUGAAAAAAAUGCUUUUAUAUAUGAAAGACGUUAUUAAUUGGAAAUCAGAUAAUCAUAUUAAAGCAUUGAAUUUGUUAUUCUUAAUGAACUAUAAUAAUGAAUAUAAAAAGAAAGCAGAUGAAGAAAAUUAA